CCCCGCCUGUCCCCGGCGCUGCCUGCGCACAACUGCGGCCGCCUGGGGUAGACGGGGAAGUUGGGAGCGGGGCCGGGCCGAGCUGGGCCGGUGCUGGCGGAGGGCGGCGAGGGGGGCUCGGUGGCGGUGGAGGAGGAAGAGGAGGAGGAGGAGCAGCGCGGCCCGGUGCCGGCCGCUAUGGACCAGUGCGUGACGGUGGAGCGGGAGCUGGAGAAGGUGCUGCAGAAGUUCUCUGGUUACGGGCAGCUCUGCGAGCGCAGCCUGGAGGAGCUCAUCCAGUACGCGGGAGGGCUGCGGAGAGAGAUCCUGCAGACAGAGAAUCAAGAUGGAGACUUGUCGGGGACAAUUUCACUUGUUAUGACACAGUGUUGUAAAAGAAUAAAAGACACAGUUCAGAAGCUGGCCUCCGACCAUAAAGACAUUCACAGCAGCGUAUCCCGAGUUGGAAAAGCCAUAGAUAAGAACUUUGACUCGGACAUCAGCAGCGUGGGGAUAGAUGGGUGCUGGCAGGCUGACAGCCAGCGGAUCCUCAACGAGGUGAUGGUGGAGCACUUCUUCAGGCAGGGGAUGUUGGAUGUAGCAGAGGAGCUUUGUCAGGAAUCUGGUCUAUCAAUAGAUCAAAGCCAAAAAGAACCAUUUGUGGAGUUAAAUCGAAUAUUGGAAGCAUUAAAAGUCAGAGUUUUGAGACCUGCACUAGAGUGGGCCGUAUCCAACAGAGAAAUGCUCAUGGCACAGAAUAGUUCGUUGGAAUUUAAACUACACAGAUUGUAUUUCAUUAGUUUAUUGAUGGGUGGAACAGCAAAUCAAAGAGAAGCCCUUCAGUAUGCAAAAAACUUCCAGCCAUUCGCCCUAAAUCAUCAGAAAGACAUUCAGGUUUUGAUGGGCAGCCUGGUGUACCUGCGGCAAGGAAUAGAGAACUCUCCCUACGUUCAUCUAUUAGAUGCCAACCAGUGGGCGGACAUCUGUGACAUCUUUACAAGAGAUGCCUGUGCUCUUCUGGGUCUCUCAGUUGAAUCACCUCUCAGUGUUAGUUUUUCAGCAGGUUGUGUAGCAUUACCAGCUCUAAUUAAUAUCAAGGCAGUUAUUGAACAAAGGCAGUGCACUGGUGUUUGGAACCAGAAGGAUGAACUACCGAUUGAAGUGGACCUUGGGAAAAAGUGCUGGUAUCAUUCAAUAUUUGCCUGUCCCAUUCUUCGUCAGCAAACGACAGAUAAUAACCCACCUAUGAAAUUAGUCUGUGGUCAUAUUAUAUCAAGAGAUGCUUUGAAUAAAAUGUUUAAUGGCAGCAAAUUAAAAUGCCCCUAUUGUCCUAUGGAACAGAGCCCUGGAGAUGCCAAACAGAUAUUUUUCUGAAGAGAAGCUUCAUUAUGCAGUUUGUAAGUGACACUCUGGAUUUCAGGUGCAUUUCAGGAGAGUUCAGACACACUCGUUCCCUUUUAUGCAGCAGACUGAGGACUCCUGCGUUUGUAUAAGCUAAUGCUACAGAAACUUUGCCAACAUUUAGUAUAUACAUACCAAGUGGAAAUGCUACAGAAAUAUUAUUACCAUAGGGCUGUACUAUACUCUUGGUCUCCAUACCUGAUCAAGUUACUACACCAGCAGUUGUCAUUCAAUGCAGGUUUUUGUACUUAAUGAUAUGGUGACUUUUUACUUUUUAAAAGCAGAAAUUGAUCCACCCCCAUGUGUUGGCUAUUCCUCCUGCUUUUAUUCUGUCAUUCUAUUGGUAACCGUCACCUUAGGGAAUGUUUGUGGACACAGUUUUCUUUCCUGUAACGUGUAUAUAAUGAAAGGUAAAUACUUCAGCAGAAAAACCCAACCAAGUUUGAUAAAUGGAAUAGUGGUUCUAAAAGUAAUUUGUAUUUUUUUGGCUGACAAAGCUGUGAUAUAUUCUGAGCUUUUUCCUUUCAAACAUUUUUUCAACUUUUACAUAGAAUGCAAAGUAAAUGUGCAUAUAUAUAAAGUAUAUAAAAUCUAUAGCCCCCAGGGGCUACGUGGUAAAAUCCAUCACUAAUUUAUAAGGGUGAUGCGUGGUUAAGUUACUACUGGAGCAGAGAGGGAAUAGGAAAGCCUGUUCCUUGUGGUUUCAUGGUGGAGAAGUGUUUGUGUAAGAGAACAUUCAAUAAACCCUGAAGUGGAAAUGCUUUUAGUCGAUGCCAUUUGCUCUCUGGCCUUUGUAGUCAUGUUCUUUGAACUUUGUAUUCAGGAUUAGGCUAUAAAUGUCAUGUUGCUGUAUAGUUUACUAGUCAUUAGAGUGUACUAUUUAUAAACAGUUAUCAAAACCA